AUGGCAGAUCUGUUCGAGGACGACGAGGGCAGCGGUAUCCCUGGAGAGGGAGAGGAAAACACAGGUCCUUUCACCGAAGCAGCCUCGGCAGGCGAUGAAGCCGCGGGUGACCUCGAGAGGCUGACAGACGAAGAGGACAGCAGGGAUGGCGAUGACGAGCGCGGCGAGCACGCAGAAGGAUCGCAUGUGGGGGGGGCAGAGAACGAUGGACUGUUUGAGGGAGGCGAUCCCCGCGAGUUGUCCAAGGAGGAACGUCGGCGCCUGAAGAAGGAACGGAAAGAGAAGAAACGGAGGAAGAAGGAAAAGAAGGAGAAAAAGAAGAAGCGAAAACGAGAGUUGGAGGGAGACGACGGCGGCGACGGCGGCCAUGACGAACAAGGGGGAGAACUCAGUCGCGGCAGAUACGACUCUGAGCCGCACAGAGGCGAGCUUAACGAUGAAGACGACGAAACGCUAGGUGGAUUUAUCGAGCGCGACCCCGAGGCAGCAAUUCAUGAAGCCGAAGAGGAAAGAAUCCCCGUUCAAGGAGGCAUCAACAGCGAUAACGACAGAUCGGAUAUUGAAGACUACGGCGACCACGACGGCGCUCGGCGGCCUGUGACGGAGUUUGACAAAACACUGGAACGCAUGCGGCAGCGGAAGCGACGUAGGCAACCCAUGUCUGACCAAGACUGCCAGGCCUACUGCAACACCCUCCUGCAACAGAUGUCCGAUGCCUCCAGCCAAGACGAAAAGGCACUCGAAGAAGGCAAACCCGCGACGGCGAAACUUCAGAUGCUGGAUCGUGUUUGUACAGAGCUGGUCAAGCCGAAGUGGCGCAGCUGGUUUCUGGCUGAGGGCUGCUGCCAGUGCAUCGCUACCUGGUUGGCGCCGUUUAAAGACAACACGCUGUCGAACUUCACGCUGCGAAACCGCCUGCUCCACGUCCUCACGAAGCUGCCCAUUUCCAGUCAAGAACUCAUGAACAACGACCUCGGAAGAGUCCUCGUGCUGCUGUGGCACCACCCAGACGAAAGCGACGAAAACCGCGUCAUCAUUCGCCAGCUGAUUCAGCGCUGGACUCGCCCCAUGCUGGGGUUGGGCUCCAGUCACCGCGAGUUCCUGCAGGAGCGGGAUCGGGCCUUCGAGGCUAAUGACGCGGACCUCCAACAGAAACUCAUCGCGGCAGCGAAGGCGCUACAGGCCGUGCGGCCUCCUGCGGACGAUCCCGAGGAGAACCGCCGCCGGCAUGCUCGCAUUCCCGUCAACUCAGGGCACAAUUUCAUAAUUCAACCCAAGUCGGACGUCAACAGCAGCGAACAGCCGCGGCCCCGAGAAUCCGGCGCCUUGCAGACAGCGAAGUCCCUGUAUCGCUUCAUGGAGGCGAAAACGGUUCGGAAGCCAACCAAGGCUCAGAAGGUGUCGAUCGAAGGUCGCGGUCUGUAG